AUGCCAUUAGUUGUCCAAGAACAAGGUUCAUUCCAACACAUUUUACGUUUGUUGAACACCAACAUUGAUGGUAGAAUCAAGAUCAUGUACGCCUUGACCAAGAUCAGAGGUGUCGGAAGAAGAUACUCCAACUUGGUUUGUAAAAAAGCCGAUGUUGAUUUACACAAGAGAGCUGGUGAAUUGACUCAAGAAGAAUUGGAGAGAAUUGUCACCAUUAUGCAAAACCCAACCAACUAUAAGAUUCCAGCUUGGUUCUUGAACAGACAAAAGGAUCAAGUUGAUGGUAAAGAUUACCAUGUCUUGGCUAACAAUUUGGAAUCCAAAUUGAGAGACGAUUUGGAAAGAUUGAAGAAGAUUAGAGCACACAGAGGUAUUAGACACUUCUGGGGAUUGAAGGUUAGAGGUCAACACACCAAGACUACCUCAAGAGGUCGUUAA